CCACAUUUCAUUCGUCAACAUUUCCGUUAAAAAUAAAACAAAAACGCAAUGCUGAAUCAUAGAUAAAGAAUACUGAUUUCUUAUCCUUGAAGUGAUUGAGUCCGCUUCAGUCUGCUGUCUACUGUCCUACAGAAUGAAGAUUGUUCUCCUCUUGUUCGUAGUAGCAAGCUGCUGCGCCUUACCUACUCCAGAUGACUGGGAAAGUUACAAGGCACAGUUUAGUAAAAGCUAUUCAGACCAAGCACAGGAUCAGAUGCGGAAGGAGAUCUAUCUUAAAAACAAAAAGUUUGUCGAAGAACACAAUAAGAAACACGAAGCAGGCUUAGUCUCAUACAGAUUGGGAUUGAACAAUUUUUCUGACUUGACGGAGGAAGAAAUGAAGAGCCAUUUAGGCUUUAAGAGCCCGAGUUCGUAAUUGCGGGUGGUUUUAAAAAGACUAUAAUUAAGUGAGUUGAAGUGUAAUAUUCA